AUGACCUUCGAAACAACGCCACUCCAGGCUAUCGUGCGGGCGUUCGGACUUAUUGCUCGAUCUAAUACCGUUGUUGGUAGUCAAAGGUAUACUGAGCCAACCAUACUACAUCAACAGAUUCUGGAUGCGCGCAAGGCUUACCAGGAGCUAAUCACAUGUGCGACGCCCGCUGCGGGAGGCUUCGGUAACCCUGGUGAGGAUGAGGAUGAUUCCGAAGAUGGAACCGCCCUGGAGGAAGUCCUUUCGGACGCAGCGCACAGUGACUCGGAAACAGAAGUGCUACAGCAUAUGCCGAAGCCUAAGCCAGCCAAGGCCAAGGGAAAGGGAAAGGGAAAGGGCAAGGAACGAAGGAAACCUCGUGGUAAUAAAUUCGAGAAGCUUCUCAAGCUUCCGAAUGUUCACGCAGGCCUUCAUCUUGCAGAUAAUGCCAGGGAGUAUGCGACAGUCAUGAAUUCGAAUGUUUUGGCGGGAGAAUUGAAGCACAAGUUGUUUACACCGUUUUCCCCGCAAUCGCAGUCACUGACAGUCGCUCCCAGGGUCUUCAAAGGCAUGGCAGACGCUGCGGCGCCACCAAACUUGAUGGGUUAUCUAUUCGCAAAGGACGUGAUGCGGCAGUCAUUGCGACUGGGCUUGGUAGGUGCUUGGGAUCAUGACCAUCCAGAUAUGGUGGAAGCACUUAGAUUGCUUAAUGACCAGUGUGCGACGUUGGUACAGAGCUUUCUUCCAAUCGGUGAGCAAGAUCUAGAUGAGGGUUAUGCGGAAGGCUUCCACAGCGUUAUGGGAGAUGACGAGCACUGCUCUACGCAGGUCUCGCUCAGGGGGUUUGUACUUGAUGGAUUCUUUCGCAUCAAGGCGACGACCAAUCUAAUGAGACUUGACCCACAGCAUAGCUUUAUUCAGCACUUCAUGGCCGCCUACAGGAACGAGUAUAGUCUUAAUGUGUUGGACUUUGGUACAGCUGCUUUGAAAUGGUAUCGCAGGAUUGCCUACACAGAUCCGGCCAAUCGGAGACAUGUGUACAGUGUCAAUGACUAUGUGCAGGUUGGCACCAGAAAGGGUCAACUGCUACAAUGUUUUGCGCACACCUAUCGCCGGAAGAAAUACGCUUUUCUUGUCGUGCAUGUCAUGACAGAGCUGCGUCAAGGCGAUCUGGGAAAUGUUGGAGAUGAUCCAGUGCUGGAUACAGUGCUGGACCUUCCAGUGUACAGGCGACAGGCAAAUCAGUAUGUGUACGGAUUGCCAGCCCUACAUCAUGAUACCAUUUACAUGAUCGACGUUCCCAACGAACCAGACUGGCCAGAUGAGUCGCAUUAUUUAGAAUGCACAUGGGGAGUGGCAUACUUGUGA